AUGGAUGUUAAAAAUUCUUCAGGAUACAGAGAUUUCAUGUGGGCAAUACAUCUACAACGUUUAGGAUUCGAAAUAGUGGGCUUGUGGCCUAAAUCCAACAAAUGUACUAAGAAAAGUUUGUGGCCAAAAAUUUGGGCCGGCAUCAUUUUGAUUUUAUUAAUAUUUGUUUCAACCGUUCCGAUGAUACAUGCAGUUAUACGAGUUUGGGGAAAUAUGGUACUAGUAAUAGACAGUUUACAUACAACGUUACCCCUAGUAGUAAUAUCAUUGAAAUAUAUUAUUAUAUUACGGAAACAAACAGUUGUAUUGUCAAUUGUAAACAUGAUGGCAGAAGAUUGGAUGGCAUUUAAGCUGGAUGAAGAACGAGAUGUGAUGAUAAAACGAGCACGAACAGCGCGAUUAAUUAUGACGAUUGGAUAUGUUGUCUUGAUAGUGGGGUUUAUAACAGUAGUUAUUCCUUCUUAUUUCGGCUUUGUCACAAUGUACAUAACGAAUUCCACAGUUCGGCGCAAAUCGUUACCAUUGGAGACGUAUCACUUCUACGAUACAGAUAAGAGUCCGCAGUUUGAGUUAAUAUUUUUCAUUCAGUCUGUAACACUGUCAUUGGCUGGUACCAUUUACAUAUUUAUAGAUAUGUUUCUAGUUGCAAUAGUUCUUCACAUUUGGGGUCAAUUAGAAAACUUUAGACGCCACUUAAUUAAUUUGAUCUCAUACAAAAAUUUCAAUAAAGUUUUAAUCAAUAUCGUAGUGACCCAUUUGCGUCUUAUCAGGUAUGAAUUUUUAUUUGGACAAUAG